UGUCGUCACGGAGAAUGUCGGAGAACCGCGUGCGGUUUCGUUCCAUGUCGGUCUCUCCGAUUUGAAUAUCACUCGUUCGCCUUUAAAGCGUGGGAGACGCAUGGUCGGUACGGGCGCGAUUUCUAUCGUCGGUCAACAAACGCGUGCACAGCAAACGAUCACCUCGUCGGAGUAGCUGGGUUCACGUACAGCUUGGGAAUCGGGUGAUUUCGGACCACCCUUUCAAAUCGUGUUCUACUGCACUAUGUGACACGGAAGUGACGAUCGUGAUCUACACUAAAAUUGCGUAGUUUAACAUUACCAGAGUUCUGAUACCGCGUCGAUAUGAUAUCGACGAGCAACAUGAUUCACGCGAACGUGCCUCCACUGGUGUAUGUUAUGAUGAGAUCAUAACUCGCUGGCUGCAGCAUAUUCAAUGAGGUAAUACGUUAUUUCUAAGCUGGCCCGGAAUACGCGACUCGUCAACCACCGAACGAGUCAAGGACAAGCAGGCAUUCAACACAGAAAGUUCGGUGUUUCUCUCGUUCUCAGCAGGCGGGGCAGUGCGACUACCAAAGCGUCGAUCAAAAUGCAUGCGUUGUCAAAAUCGUGUUUUACAUAAAUCUGUUUUAGUAUCCGAGUAAGCUAGUUUACAAUCUGCUGCUAUCAUGACUGUAGUGCUGUCCUAUCAUCGAAUCGUUGAAAGAGAACCGGCUGAGGUGGACUCUAGGUGGAAAUCAUAUACAGCCAUUUUGCUGCUCGUUAUCGUUGCUUCCUGCCUCGUGCUCAGCUUUAGUCUGCAUGGCCUGCUGGUGGACUUUAAGUACAACUGUCUGCUGGAUGCAAAUUUAAAGUUCAAUUUGAAGGCCAACCAAACGUUUGGAGAUGGUUCGAAUAAUCCCACCAUUUCCCCGUUUCCCGAUUAUACUAUCGACGAAUACUGGAGCAGCUGGAGUGAUGGCGCUUAUUGUGAGACGCUUAAAUACGUGCCGCUCUUGCAAGGUAUCUCCAGCACCAUAUGGCUUGCCCUCUUCCUAAUCCAUGGCCCUGGAAGAAUAAUGCCCCAACCAUGGCGUAUCGUGUUUCCAUCGUUGAUCUACUUUUUCGGCUGCUUGGUCACCUCUGCUGUAACGGCCAGCUUCAUUACUCAAGGACUGGCCAAAUUUUGCACCGAGUUCUGGCAAGUGGAUACCAAAAGGGACUACAGCUGUGCUCAAUACGUCGUGUUUUUUGCGCUCACGAAGGAACCGUCCGCCCUGGUGCAAGGCGAUAAGAACUUUCUACUCGCGUUGGUCUUCCCCUGGAUAUGGGUCGGGGCAACGUGUCUAGGGUUUCUGAUACUGUUGCUGCGCAUCGUGUUAAUGGUGGACUUUCAACUUAUGCGGGUAGACAUUUUAAGGCACCAGUCGUAAAUCCAGAGAGGGUUAUUUCAGUCGUUGCAGCUAUUUGAAUCAAACUGGUCAAGACAACGUGCCACUGGAUGUUUCAGUUGUAAAUAGAUCUUUCGUGUUAGGUAGGGUAGAACGUAUUAUACAUAUUACGCAUAGCAUUAAUGAGUCGUGAGUGUUAAGCAGUAUUUCCUAGCUUUCCAUUCCACCGCGUUCGAAGGUAAU